GCACCUCAUUCACAUUCCACACUCGACGACAAUCCGUUUGCUUUUGCAGCUUGCGAGCCUUUCACUUGUCCUGCGCAAGACCGGGAUACGAUGAAGCUUAAACUAAAAGCCCCAGGGCCAGCCUCUGGCGAUGCUCCUCCAGCACCAGCACCCACGAGCGCGCCCGCCAGUGCAGCACCUUCAACAAGUGCUACAGCAACGCCCACGACAUCUGCCCCGAAACUGAAUCUCAAAUUCAAAUCGUCUGCGCAACCCUCCCAAGAUACCCCCGUUCCCGUUCCCGCUCCCCCCGGUGAUGCUCCAAAGCAGAAGCGGAAGUACACCAAGAAGCCCAAGUUAGACGAAGACGGACAGCCCAUCACAGCAGCGAAGGCCGCGCCGAAACCAAAGAAGCGACCGUUGGAAGACGGUGAGGAGGGAACACCAGCCAAGCGCAAGCCGAAACCGACACAGAAAAGUUUGGAACGUACUCGAGAUAGCGAUGAAGACGACGAAGCCGACAUGAUUGCAGUAGCAGCAGCACCCAAGAAAGCGCAGACACAGAAGAAGGCACCCGCACGCACACAGUCUGUCAAACUCUCGUUGAAAACGAAGGUACCUGGACAGCCGCAGAGAGCAGGCACAGCGGUACUCAAGAUGAAGACCCAAGGCAGACCUCCGCCCAGACCUCCGGGUGCUGGUUAUGACAGUGAGGCAGAAGACGCAGAAGAUGAUCCAGCCAUCGAGCAACAGUUUGUCUUGCGCAUGGAACCCGGUCCUGAUAACGACUUGUUGCGAAAAUCUAUCGAGGAGAGGACAAUCGGCAAGAAACAAUCAGAAGGCGGACCGGGCGUGCAGAUUCGAUUCCUAGACCGGGAUGGCCGUAGAUCGAUCGUGACCAUACAAGGCCGCAUGUACGCCGCAACCAUGGUCGAACUGCCAUGCGUGAUCGAGUCACUCAAAAGCUGGAACAAGAAAGACUGGGUCAAGACGGCAGACGUCUGCCAAAUGCUCCUCGUGCUCGGCCGCGUUAAUAGCGAGGACGAAGCCAAAAAGGUCACUCGCCCUAAGACCAUUGAGCCAGACACCCACCGAUUCGCCCACGGCCUCACCCCGCCCAUGAACUGGGUGCGUCGGCGUCGCUUCCGCCCGCGAAAGUCGUACCUCGACGUUGAGCGCAUUGAAUCACAAACGGAAGCCUUGCUCGCCGAGGACGAGCAAGCCCACACAUCCAAAUACGAACUCAUCGACAGCGAGGAAGAAGGCUCUGGUGGGGAAGAGUUUGAUGAUCAAGACGCUAUGGGCGACGACGAAGAUAUGUACGGAGCAGACUACACACAAACGCCACUCGCGGACCAAGUGGACGAGCAAGAGCUCGAGGCUGCGCUCGCACAAGGGCUCUUGGAGGACAUGGAAGAAGGAGGCUUGGAGCUGCAGACCGCAGAUGGCGAAGAUCUCGACAUUAACGCUCUCUUCGGAAGCGGUGAUGCCAACGCCGGUGAAGCGACCAUCGAAGUUGAAACCCCCGUCGCGACCUCGCACGAUGUCGCCAUGCAUGCUCUGGGCGGCCAGCAUCACAACGGCGAGCUUGUCGUGGAGCCUGAGAGCGCAGCAUCCACACCUGCAGCCGCCACGUCUCCUGAAGACGACGAUGACGAUGACGACGAUGACGAUGACGAGGUCGACCCCGAGGCUGCGGCCAAGCAAGAGCAGGACGAACUGGUGCGCGGUGAGAUCCGCGAGCUCGAGGACGCCAUCACCAAUGCGCAGAACCAGCUCAAGGAGACCACAAACGUGUUAUUCAAGCGCCGCCUGCUGGAUCGCAUUGCAAAGCAGGAACAGGAUUUGAAGGUGAAGCUUUCCCUGAUUGGGGAGCAGGCAGACGAUUGA